UGGAAGACGAUGACGGUUCCAAAUGUAUCAGCUUGUCAGGGGCGAAAAAAAGCUGAUACAUUGGGUGUUCUAUCUGCGGUUCUCUCUGGAGGCGAGGAGGCGAGGCGAUCUUCAAACCAGCAAUUUUUACAUUUUGUAUUCUGAUUUUAAAAAAAUAGCUGAGCGGUGACGAUGUCUGGAGCACUUUGCACUAUACUUCUCAUAGCCAUGUUGCUUUCCCCCCUUGGCAGUUCGUUAGGAGGAGCAGGAGGAGGAGGCGGCGGCAGCGGAGGAGGGGAAGGAGGAGGAGGAGGAGGACGAAGUGACAUUAUUCUUGCAGCUGUGAUCAAGGCUGGGCAGGAAAAGGAGCAUUGCAUUUUGGCGGAGAUUAGGAGUGCGGUGUUCGGCUUCCUGAAGAAAUUGUCAGGCCUGGAUGUGCUUGAUCCCGCACUCGUCAGCCGCGUGCGAAUUCUAUACGUGCGGAUGCUACUGAAAUGUGCACCUGAGCUCAGCAAUGUAAUGGUGCGGCCGAUUGAGAGCUUCCUGGAGGGAGGUUCGGGAUGCACCCGACGCCCAUCCUUGAAAGGUUCCGCAUCGCCGCCCUCCACGCUAGACACUCGGACAGAGGAUGGCCAAACUGUCCGGGAUGAGAAAUUCCGCGUUGAUUAUCGAUCGCCCGGAAGACGAAUAACUUUCAAAUCCCUGUGGCGGCGCCUCAAGCUUCAAGGAGAUGCGAACAAUUUGCAGGACAGCACAUGGGAGCAGAGCUGCAUGUUUAACAGAUUGGUGAAGCUACGUGACCAAGCUCGCAACUUUGCGUUAGGGAACAAAAGGCUGGCAGCAUUAGUCGCACAUACGCAGACUUGUGACCUAAUCCAACAGAUCCAAGCAUGGAUAUCGCAUAGCUUCGACAUGCGGAUGUGUAGCUCGCCGCACGCCGAGGAACAACGUUCCUACAGGUGUGAUGCAGAGCUCCUAGCAAGCGCUAUUUACGAUGGCUUUUUGACAGGCUUGGGGGUCCCGCAGAAGCUCGGGGCAGGGGUGGCAGUAGGUGCGGGAACGGAUGCUCUGGGACAGCUGCUUUGGGACUACACCAAGGCUGUGUAUUCGGAUCGGCAGAGCAACCGCAAGCGGGCAAGCUCCCCCCUGCGGUCGCCGGGCCUACCUCCUCCCUCUCCUAAAGUGUCGGCUGGAUCGGUCAGAAAUUUGAAUAAUGAGGGCGGCACCCCGACGACACCACGGCAUUCGUCGCCUCAACAUGGGGCACUGGCCCUGGAACAAGCACCAGACCUGGAUCAAUCACUGCACCUGGAACAAGCACUGGACCUGGAACAAGCACUGCACCUGGAGCAAGCACUGGACCUGGAACAAGCACUGCACCAGGAACAACCACAGGACCCAAACCCAAAUCAAGCACUGCACCUGGAGCAAGCACUUGACCUGGAACAAGCACUGCACCUGGAACAACCACGAGAGCCAAAUCACGAGACCUGGGUCAAGCAUUGAACCUAGUAUCAUGUGCUUCCUUGGAGCGAAUGAUGACACGGUGGUGGUCGUAGACAUGGAGGGACAUGCGCCUGAUGUGAUCCAGGUCCAGGGCUUGGUCCAGCAACCGACCUAGACUAGCAACGGACCUAGACUAGCAACGGACCUAGACCGAGCACCGGACCUGGUUGGAUGGGUCUUCUUGGAGCCGACCGUGGACAUGGAGGCGGUGGUUGGCGAGGAAGACGCACCUAACCAUGGCAAAGCACCAGACUUGGAUUAAGCACCCUGCCUCCUAGAUAGCCUCUUUUCUGGAGCUGAAGCCGACCGUGGACAUGGAGGCGGUGGUGGGCGAGGAAGACGCACUUGACCAUGGCAAAGCACCAGACUUGGACCAAGCACCCUGCCUCCAAGAUAGCCCUUCUGGGCCUUGUGGGAGCUGAAUGACGGCACGGAGGUGGUAGUGGUGCAGGUAGGUCAUCUUGGGUGGAACUGAGCAUGUACAUGGAGGCGGUGGUUGUGCAGGAAGACUCGGCUAGUAACUGGGGUGAAGGAGCAGACUUUGGACCAAGGAGCAAGAACAUAGAGGUGGUGGUUGUGGAGGAAGACGCACGUCACCAUGGCAAAAGUGAAGGGUAGCUUCAGCCAACUUGAAGACGGGGCCUUGUGGUCUAUUUGGUUUCAAAAUCCAAGUGACUAACUUAGUCAAGCCUUCUGUCUAGGUUCGUCUUCCCUCUGUAUCAGAACACGGAGGAGGGAAUCCAAGGAGGACCGACUCUACUGCUACUGCCUCACAGAGGGAAGCACCGACUCUAUGGUCUUGCACGGAGGGAACGUUGACUCUGCUCUGUGGGAUAUGGGAGCUCCUGUGCAAGGCCUUCAGAGCUGAACCGUGACGCGAACAAAGGUUAUGGGUUACGAAGGUACAGUGUUCAGCAGCAGAAGCACGACUCGAUCAAAGGUUUUGGGUUACAAAGGUACAGAGUGGAGCAAUGGGAGCGUGUGUCGUCCUUGAGUCGGAGUGGGUGGAGGGAGGGAAACUCCUCUUCCAACUGAUCGAUGGACAAUGCCGUGCCAGAGAGGCGGUGAAUGUCAUCCAGUGGAUAUGAAUGUUAUCAGUUUGAUCAACGUUGUUGAGGAUAGCGCUAUUUUGUAUAUGAUUUUUUCGCCAUCCAAAAAGUGGGCGCGUGGUGAUGGGCUGAUUCUCCGGAAGCGCGAGCGGGUGAGCAUUGAUAGGGGACGGUUGAGGUUCUGGUACAGCUGAGCGGCGCUGCGGCGGGAAUGUAUUCAGAGAAGAAUGGCCAGGUGAGAGUUUCAGCUGACUGGCUAGCGGUCAGUUGGCAGUGACCUUAUCAAGGAAUUCUAUUGCACGUCAUGGCACGCAGUGUCAGUGUUGUUUAGCAGUUGGUUGGGCUUUUGUACUAUAGCAUAGGGACUUUCAUGCAAAGUUCAUAGACGUAGACAUCUCCUUGUUUCUUCUUCUUCUGCACUCUGGAGUUUAUCUUAGGACUGUCAUCAGAUCGUAAGAUGGGGUUGUUGCAGUGUUUUCUGCAUGCAAGAGAGAGAGAGAGAGAGAGAGAGAGAGAGAGAGAGAGAGAGAGAGAGAGAGAGAGAGAGAGAGAGAGAGAGAGAGAGAGAGUGUUUAUGGUGUCGGUGCAUGGUCAAAUGGUUUUUGAUUGGUUGAUUGGGUGAUCGGUUGAUUGGUUGAUUGGUUGAUUGGGUGAUCGGUUGAUUGGUUGAUGGAUUGGUUUAAGUGCGGAAGUUUUCGUACAGUUUCUUCUGCUUCUUUUUUUGGGACGAAGGUCUUGACGUGCUUGGCUCCUUUUCCUUUCCACCUUUUUGAGUGUGCCAGUUUCGUGUUUUCCCCAUUUUGCGAAUUGCUUGGGGCAUAAGAGGCAGGCAGGCUGGCGGUGCACUGGUUACUUGGUGGCACCUGGACCUCGA